CACCGUAGAAAACUGAGUAAAAGCCACGUGGGAGCUUUUCCCGCCCGAGAACAGUCGGCCGCGUUAGUUGGGCGUCCCGGCAGCCCUGGACGCACGUCUUUUCAAUAAAAAACGCGUUUCGUGAAUAAAUAAUAAACGCUCGAACUUCAAAGUGCUUACAAGUGAUGAUAGCAAUGUAAUUAAGUGGCCCAAAGCGCAUUUUCUCGGGGAUCAUGCACGGAGUUUUCGGUUACUCGUGAUAGUGACCAGGUUUACAGCGCUCCAACAGAUCAACAGGUAUCAAGAUGAUGGAGACUGACAAGAUGUCCACGGCCUCCUCGGUGGGAGCCGCGGAACGAAGACCGCUGCUGCAAGCGUUGGUCAUCGAGAGGCGCAUACUCUUUGCGUGCACCGUGCUGGUCGGUCUCAGCACUUUUGUGUGGAUCACCGCUGUAUGUACUGCGAAAUGGUUCCAUAUUGAAGGAGGCAAGGGUAUCUACUUGCCUACCAAAGGUGGUUACUUCCUAUACAGUGACUCAGGUAUAUGGGAAAUGUGCAGACAUGUGUUUCAACUGCACGAAAGCCUAGGUAUAAAAUAUAAUGGUACAACUAUACAUACAACUCCAAGACCGUUUGACAUCACGGGCAUGAAGGGGGAGCAUGUUACAAAUUGUACAAACUAUUUAUCUACACCAACCAUGAAGAAUGGGAAGCCUGUGGAUCCCGCCUACGACAUAGAUGUAGCUAAUUACGUACGAACAACGAUCUCCUUUGGCAUCAUCAGCCUUUUUGUAAUGGCGAUGGGGUGUGGUUUCUCCGUUUAUACCUUCCGCAAUCCACGCUACAUGUUCAAACGGCUCGCUGCGGGCAUUCACUUUAUCAGCACUUCGUGUACAUUCGUCGUUGUGCAAGUAAUGAUGUCAACCGUGGACCAUAUGAAGAAGAACUUGAAGUAUGUCUACCCUGAUGCGGCCUAUCACUACUUUCACAUCAGCUUCUUUUUGGCAUGGUUCGUAGUCCUAGUUAACCUCUUCGCAGCCGCCUCCUUUCUUUGGUACUCACGUAAGAGAAAAGGUGAUAAAGCCGCGACUGAUGAGCUCGCGAUGGCAGACGAGCCAACUAUCAUCGGUCGAUGACGCUGCAGACUAAACUCUAGAGACUAUUUUCGUCGCACCUAUCAAUAUUUCCUCAAGUCUCUUUUGAACAGUGCUCAAGUGACCAAUAACUGUAAUUUACAUGAAUGUCUUCCAUAUACAUUUUGAAUACAAGUGAUUGUGUUGCAGUAUUCAAUUCUGUAAUUGUUCCGUUGAUUACUGUGAACAUUUUUGUAAUUCUACAUCUCGCGAUCUUGUUUUACGCCUUGUUAAUCUUAUAAUUGUGUAAAGUCUUGUGUAUUGUUGUUAUUAUUUUUUUUGGUACAGAAAAUGUACUAUUACAUUAUUUAUAUCGUGUAUGUUCUUUAGACUUAUGAGAUUAACGAUAGCCUUAUUAUUUUAUUGAUAUAUUAUAAAGUGUAUCUACUUGUUAUUAUGCAUGCGAUUCAAAUAGGCAUAGUGAUGUCACCUUGAGCAAACUAAUGUUCGGACCAAAGAAAUAUGAAACAAUAUCAUAUCACAUUAAAUAGUAUAAGUAGUUUAGAAAAUA